AUGAGUGGAACUGUUUUGAACGGAACGGUGGCGGCGAAUGUGACGGAUGCGGUGGUAGCGGCAGUGAUUGAUACGAAGCCAAAAUGUGGAAGUGGUGAAAAUAAUAAUCCAGAGGAUUAUGACUUGCCUCUACAUAUCGCGGCUGUCUUCAUGGUUUUUGCUUUCAGUAUCGGAGGAUGUGGAUUUCCUGUGGUCGCGAAACGUGUCACAUGGAUGAAGAUUCCACCAAAGAUAUUCUUCUUUUGCAAGCAUUUUGGUACUGGAGUCUUGAUUGCUACAGCAUUCGUACAUCUUCUUCCUACGGCGUUUUAUUCCCUCAGCGAUCCAUGUCUCCCCGAUCUCUUCAUCAAGAACUACCCACCCAUGCCUGGUGUCAUCAUGAUGGCUGCACUCUUCGCGCUCUUCGUCAUCGAACUUUAUCUCAAAGGAAAGACAGGUGGACAUUCUCAUGGUGGUCCAACAGGUCAAGGGCUCGCUGCACAGGGAGCUCCUCACGGAGUUGGUGGAAUUGGUGUUGCUAUCUCAGCCCCAGUCAACUAUGCACCUCAAAGACCACCAAGAUCAGCACAGUGGGAUUCGAACGGAUUUCCUGUAGAUCAUAAAGAUCCUUUCCAAAACAACGCAUUCGAAGUCGAUGAAUACGAUGAAGAAUCCCGACCUGGAAGCUACGGUGGUGUCGACCAAGCUGAAAUGCCACCAUGGUUUCAAGCCUUCUUCGCACGAUACGUCCGACAACGUGAAGAACUCAAAUCUGCCAUCGCCUCAGUUGCCCAAACCGCCACAGCCGUCGCCAUGCCUGCACCACCACCUCCAGUCGUCUACAGAGAAACUACCGACGAACCCCAAAUGGACGCCGCCACAUUCAAGAAAAUGUCAAUGAACAUCACCCUCCUCGAAGGUGGUAUCCUCUUCCACAGUAUCUUCGUCGGCAUGACCAUCUCCAUCACCAACGACGGUUUCCUCAUCCUCCUCAUUGCCAUUCUCUUCCACCAGUUCUUCGAGGGUCUCGGUCUCGGCUCCCGUAUCGCUGCCAUCCCGUAUCCGAAACGUGCAAUUAGGCCUUGGGUCCUCGUCUGUGCUUUCGGACUUACCUGUCCAAUUGGCCAAGUCAUCGGACUGUUAACCCGCGGUGUUUAUGAUCCUGCGAGUGCUUUCGCCUUGAUUAUGGUCGGUGUGUUCAACGCGAUCUCGAGUGGGUUGCUUAUCUAUGCUGCGACUGUUGAUUUGCUUGCCGAGGACUUUUUGAGCGAGGAGGCGCAGGAUCAGAUGACGAAGUGGAUGAAGAUUAGGGCGUUUUGUUUUGUGCUUAUGGGUGCUGCGGGUAUGAGUGUUGUUGGUGCUUUUGCUUAG